AUGGCAAAUAAUGGAGAAUACAAGGAGGUGAGUUUAAUAUUGUGUUUAAAUUAUUUUACUAUAUUUUACGUUAGAUUUUAAGGUGUAAUAUUGACUCUUAAAAGCUAAAGUUACUUUUUCUUUAGAACUGUAUACAAAUAUGUAUUUUUUAAGAUGCUUUUUGAUGUAUUGUCGAUUUAUUUGAAAUUAUAUUUUAGUUUGUAAUGACAAAGGAAGAAUAUGAUAAGCCGAUAACUGAUCCUUAUGUCAAGAGUUUGGCCGAAAUGCCUAUUGAGGACCUUAUCGAUGACUAUAAUCCAGGUAUGCAUAACGUUUUACAUUCUUACUACUUUAGGUACUACUCCGAAUCUAAGAUAAUGGUAUGCAAAAGAGUAAUGUUAUUUUAUAUUAAUAAUUUAGGACCAACGAAACCUGAUGGAUCAGUAAACUUCGAAUGUCAUUGUGUAGCUCAUCUGGUGGCAAGUCCUUGUGGACACGAGUUUAGACAAGCGAUCAGUUGUCAGAAGGCUGCAGAAAACGACGAAAUGAAGAAAGGAGAAUGUGCUGAAGAAUUCAUAGAGUUCAUGCAGUGCGCGGUCAGGACGAAUUGUUUUAGGUGUAAGUUGUUUGUUGUUAUUGCAAUGCUUUUAGGUUUAUAACCUUAAACUACUAAUUGUUAUAUAUUAAUUAGGCUACUUUUUUAACGAGAAAAAAUAGUGUUUUAUAUUUGAACGGGAUAAGCAACGUGUAAAAAGGCUUUAAUUUUAAUGUAUUUUUAUAAUUUCAGCGUCAGACCCGGAUCCAGAAGAAGAACAAAAGUAG